CAAUAAUUGUCUUCUCAUAAUAAAACUGUCCUCUAAAAAUCUCAUCUUUUUUUUUUGUUUUCCGUUAAAUAAAUUACAAUUCACAUUUAGAAAGAAUAUAUUUCGGUAAAAAGGGUGUUGGGUUCCGGUUCACAAUCUUAUUCGAUUCGAGCUAACUUUGUAGCUAUUUUCCUCUUCUUAAUCUUCACUGAGCUCGCAUGGUGUAUGGAUUCUUGAGCUGCGCUUCGUUUUAGUUGAAGUUCAUAAUCGAAGUGGGCCUUUUCAAAUUUCAAUUUUUAAGGUAAGGAAGUUGAAUCAUUUUAGUUCGCCAAACGAGAAUGAACUCAGCAUCAACACAAUUCGUGCCAGCGAGGCGAAUGGGCAUAUAUGAGCCGAUCCAUCAAAUGGGGAUGUGGGGUGAUUUCAAAGGCAAAGCAUGUCUGGAUGAAUCUUCACCGUUGAUUUUUGAUGUUGAUGCUAAACUAGACAAUCAGUCGGAGGAUACUUCACAUGGAACAGUUGGUCCUUCCAAUAAAUACGAUCAAGAAGCAAGUAAGCCUGAAAAGGUAUUGAGACGCUUGGCACAAAACCGUGAGGCUGCUCGUAAGAGUCGUUUACGUAAGAAGGCCUAUGUUCAGCAGUUAGAAAAUAGCAAAUUGAGGCUUAUUCAGUUAGAACAAGAGCUUCAACAAGCCAGACAACAGGGAUUGUACAUUGGUGGCACUUUAGAUACUACUCAGCUAGGAUGUGUAGGAACUACAAAUCCAGCCAUUGCUACAUUCGAGGCGGAGUACGGACAAUGGGUGGAAGAACUAAAUAGACAAAUAUCCUGUUUAGGGAAUGCUUUGCAGUCAAAUGUUGGGGAUAUGGAGCUUCGAUUGCUCGUCGAUGGUGGAAUAAGGCAUUACUUUGAUCUCUUUGUCAUGAAAUCAACGGCUGCAAAAGCUGACGUGUUCUACAUCAUGUCAGGCUUGUGGACAACGCCAGCCGAACGUUUUUUCUUCUGGAUAGGCGGCUUUCGCCCUUCCGAAAUUCUAAGGGUUCUGAGAGCACAUCUCGAUCCUUUAUCCGAACAACAACAAUUGGAUGUAUGUAAUCUGGCGCAAUCAUGUCAGCAGGCAGAGGAUGCUUUAUCACAAGGGAUGGAAAAACUUCACAUAAUUCUUGCAGAGACCAUAGCUGGAAGAAAACUAGGGGAAGACAGCUAUGGCCCACACAUUCGAGCUGCUGUCGAUAAGUUAGAAGCUCUCGUGAGGUUUGUGGCUCAGGCGGAUCAUCUCCGGCAAGAAACACUUCAACAACUCUUGCGAAUUCUGACGCCUCAUCAAGCAGCUCGGGCCCUUAUUGGGCUGGGUGAGUACUUGAAAUGUCUUCGGGCUUUAAAUUCUGUUUGGACCUCACGUUCUCGUGAGAAGGCCUAAGUUUGUGAUGCAAAAUCAGCUCUGAGGCCCUUUAAUCUAUAGUUGGUUGAUAUUGCAGAUAGUUAUGAGAUUCACUCUGCCAUUUUUGUGCUCUAUUUUUGUGCUAUUGAAAAUUUGUAGAUAUGUUUAGGUAGUUUUUAAGAGGCAGUGUGCAGACUGCAGAUACUUAUUAUUAUUUUUGUAUUAUUUAUUAUUUUCCUGUUAUUUUAUGUUCCUCUGAUGUGGUGCUCAUGUCAAGUUCUUAUAGAAGUGUAUUUUGUGCCCUGGGGUCUCUGUAAAUAUCCAGGCUUGUAUUUCAAGUCUUUAUUGGCAUGUAAAACUGUGUGGGAAGAAGAGUGACAGAAGAUUUCUUCUUCUGAAGGCAAGGCAAAGUAUUUUUUUUGUUCCCAGAAAAUUC